CAGUUCUGACACAUUUGAGCUACGAUGCGGUAUAUUACUGCUAAAAUGCGGUAGUUUUGAGGUGACAAGGCUAAAAUCAUCGAAAUUUGACAUUCGAUUGCAUUGUUUCAAAUUAAAUUUUAACAUUCCAUGAAAAUCGGUCAAAAUCAUGGCUAUUUUAUAAGAUAUUUCUUCCUGUAGACCUUCAGCAAGGCCUUUGUUCGGUUUCUUAUCGGCACACUCUUUCGAUCAAUAAAAAUUACGGAAAAAUUUGGCACGAGCAAUUGCAAUCGAACAUUUGGAGUAAUAAAAGUCAUGAUCUGCUUGUGUUUGGACGAUCCAUACAAUAAAUUGACGCCGCACAAUUCCAAUCAGUUAUAGAAUUUAGAACUUGCUCUUCUUAGCGCGUCGAUGCCUUAAAUGUCGAUGCAUAACGUGCCGUACUGCGAUCGCAUAAAAACGUUUGAAUUCGAAUGACAAAGCGACAACAUAAUUUAGCAUUUUUAUGUGUAUUUCACAGCGUUGUGUUCUCCGAUGAGUGUGUGUGUGUGUGCAGUAAACACAUCUGUGUACACAAGCAAUCGGCACAGGCGAGCUAAGCGAUACGACAAAAACAAAAUACAAUCGUCUUCAUCGUCGUCGUCGUCGUCGAUGCCGAGACAGCAAAAAUAUUCUCGCUUAACGUUAUGAAUGCAAGUGAAAAAAAAAGAAAUAAAGCAACAACAAUGGCUAAACACAUCUCUCCUUAUUUUAUGCGUGUGUUAUUUAAGGUUUGAAGAAAACAACGGAACGAAGAAAAAAAGAAGAAGAAAACACUCAACGACUUUUUUCUUCUUUUGUUGUUCAGUUGAUAAAGCAUUUCUGUAGUUCAUAUGCGGAAUAAGUUCAUAUCAUCGGCCAGUCGAUCGGUUAUUGUUCUACAGUACGGUCAUAAGUUAAGUGUCGUCUCACUCUCUACUCUUUAUUUACAAUUGUCAUUCAAUUUCAAUUGUGUUCACAUUUGUUUUAUGAAAAUUUGAGUGUCAACCAUAAACGUUCUCUUUUUUUUUGUCUCGAAUAUUGCAUUGAAAGGACUGUAAAAUGUGGCUGGUGUCACACCGAUUGUGCGCUUGCAUUCUGUUAUUUAUUUUAGUUUGCAGUGAAUUGACCGAAGCCGCUGCGAAACAUCAACGACGUUCCAAAAAACGAGAGAGAAAAUGUGGAUAUGAUGGUUGCCCACAACCAAAGCCCGAUAUGUUGAAUGUACACAUCGUGGCCCAUACACAUGAUGACGUCGGCUGGUUGAAAACAGUGGAUCAAUAUUAUUAUGGGGCCAAACCAACUAUACAAAAAGCCAACGUAGAGAAUAUUCUUGAUUCGGUGGUAUCGGCACUGUUAAAAGAUCCUGAAAAGCGAUUCAUUUACGUGGAAUCGGCCUUUUUCUUCAAAUGGUGGAGUCAUCAAGCGGCAGCAUUCAAAGAACAAGUCAAACAGCUGGUAAACGAAGGUCGGCUGGAAUUUAUCGGUGGCGCUUGGAGCAUGAACGAUGAGGCAGCUACGCAUUAUCACAGCACUGUCGACCAAUUUACAUGGGGCUUACGGAAAUUGAACGAUACCUUCGGAGAAUGUGGACGACCGAAAAUUGGCUGGCAAAUCGAUCCGUUCGGCCAUUCAAGGGAAUUGGCAUCAUUGUUGGCACAAAUGGGAUAUGAUGGAUUGUUUUUGGGUCGAAUUGAUUACCAAGAUAAAGUGAAUCGGUUUACAAACCGGGAAGCGGAAAUGGUUUGGCAUGCAAGUGAUAGUUUAGGCGAAAAAGCGGAUUUGUUUACCGGCGUUUUGUACAACACAUACAGUCCACCGCCAGGAUUCUGUUUUGAUAUUCUCUGUGCGGACGAGCCAAUUAUCGAUGAUAAAAGCAGUCCCGAGUAUAAUGUCGAUCGAAAGGUGGCGGAUUUGUUAGAAUAUUUCAAAAAUGCUUUGGGUGCUUAUAGAACAAAUAAUGUUCUAAUCACCAUGGGUGAUGAUUUUAAUUAUCAACAUGCACCAGCAUGGUUCAAUAACCUUGACAAAAUCAUUUUAAACAUCAAUCAACGACAACUCAGCGGAUUGAAGGUGAACGCAUUCUAUUCAACACCAUCGUGUUACUUGAAAUCUUUGUACGAUUCGGGCAUCAAAUUUCCAACAAAAAGUGAUGAUUUCUUCCCAUACGCAUCUGAUCCACACUCAUUUUGGACCGGCUAUUUCACAUCGAGACCAACGCUUAAGCGAUUUGAACGAAUCGGAAAUCAUUACUUGCAGGUGUGUAAGCAAUUGAGUGUGUUAGCAAAGAAGAAAACGGCCAGCUUUGAGGAAAAUCUUUCGAAUUUGCGCGAAGCGAUGGGUGUAAUGCAGCAUCAUGACGCGGUAACAGGCACUGAAAAGCAACAUGUAGCUGAAGAUUAUGCACGUUUGCUACAAAUCGGAAUUGAAAAAUGCAGUGAAAACAUCAAAGAGUCACUCAACCAAUUGACCGUUGAUGACGACAAUUCGGAAAUAACCCGUGAUGAAGGAUUCGAUUCGAGAUUGCGUUUUGAGUACGAAAGUUGUGCUGAUUUGAAUAUCAGUUCAUGUGAUGUUUCUGAAAAAAGUGAUAAAUUCGUAGUUAGUCUAUACAAUCCGUUGGCUCAUUCAACAUUCCAAUAUGUCCGUGUCCCAGUUACGGAUGGUGAUUAUGAGGUGUUAGACUAUAGAAAUGUGCCGGUGGCUUCGCAAGUGGUUGCAAUACCAACCGAAGUUCAAUCUUUAUCCUUCCGAAAAAGUAACGCUGAGUCAGAGUUGGUCAUAUUGGCCAAUGAACUCCCGCCACUUGGUUACAAAUCGUACUAUGUUCAAAAGAAGCCUAAAAUUGCCAAGUCAAUCGAACCGGUUGUGACGCUAGUCACGCACAGAGACGAAUUCAUGGCUGAUGAUUCGUUUGCCGGCAGAGAAACGGGACCAUUCACAAUUGGAAAUCAAUAUUUAAACUUGUCAUUCAAUGAAAAUGGCCUUUUGGAAUCGGCCGCAACCGAAGAGGUACAAAUGAAAGUUCAACAAAACUUUUAUAUCUACCAAGGAUUUUUGGGCAAUAAUGAAGUGUGGGAGAAUCGAUCAUCUGGAGCUUAUAUUUUCAGGCCAAACGGCACUGAAGUAUAUGAUGUCGCCAAACAUGCUGAUGUCCGUGUGAUUAGAGGCGAUUUGGUUGACGAAGUUCAUCAGACCUUCAACGAAUGGAUAAGCCAAGUGGUGCGAAUUUACAAAAAUGAAAACUAUGCAGAAUUCCAAUGGUUGGUCGGCCCAAUUCCUGUCGCAGAUAAAAUUGGCCGUGAAAUUAUCACGAGAUUUGAUACCGAUAUUCAAUCAAAUGGAAUUUUCCACACCGAUUCGAAUGGACGUGAAAUGUUGAAACGUGUGCGUGACCAACGACCCACGUGGAAUUUGACACUGUGGGAAAAAAUAGCUGGAAAUUACUAUCCAAUCACAUCGAAGAUUGCUAUUGAAGAUAACACCCGUCGAUUUGCUAUUCUAAAUGACCGUGCACAAGGUGGGAGCAGUUUAGCUGAUGGAUCGAUUGAAUUGAUGGUUCAUCGUCGGCUAUUACAUGAUGACGCAUUCGGAGUUGGUGAAGCCUUGAAUGAGACGGCAUAUGGAGACGGAUUAAUUGCACGUGGCACAAGUUACUUUGUGUUUGGCCCAAAAAAACACACUGAAAAAACAUCAACUGAAGCGAAUGAACGAUUUGUUCAGCAACAAAUCCUUUUACCGAGUUGGUUAUUCUUCAGCAAUGUCAGCCAUCUCAGUUAUGAUGUGUGGAGGAACUCAUAUAAAAAUAUCUUCUCCGGCCUGUCGCUUUCACUUCCCAAAAAUAUCCACUUGCUCACAUUCGAGCCAUGGAAAUCCGAUUCGAUUUUGAUUCGUUUUGAGCAUAUUCUAGAGAAGGACGAAGACAAACAGUAUUCUCAAGCAGUGACAUUCAACUUCCAAGAUGUGUUCCGGUCGUUUGAUGUGAUUUCAAUUCGUGAGGCAACACUCGCAGCUAAUCAAUGGUUGGAUGAAGCGAAACGCUUGCAUUUCAAAUCUGAUAAUUUGAAUGAAACUCCAUCCACAACGGAAACCGCCACUGUCAGAAUGUCUGAGCAUGAAAGAAGACAUCCACAGAUUGAUAUCAAACCAGAUGUUUCACCGCGACAAUAUUCUAAACGAGCAUAUAAACUCAUACGCCAAAAUGCUGUCGAAGGUGACAACAAUGACCUGACGAUUACACUGAAACCGAUGGAAAUUCGCACUUUUAUUGUCGAAUUGGAGCCGAAGCCAUAAAUAAAACUAGAAAAACUUCCUUUAUAUUAAUAUUCUUAAAUUAAAUUGGUAUUCACGGGGAAAUGAUAUCUUAAUUGAUCUUAAAUUAGAAUUUUGAAGAUGUUAUGACCAGAGUCACAAAACUUGUCAGUUGCUUGAACCUAGAAUUUUAUGAGAAUAAUAAAGAGACAAAAAAACAUAUUUGAUAGAAA